AUGGUCAAGAAGGAAGAGUUCAUGUUGAUGUGUCACUUCCUGAUCGGCUUCGCUGGCUGCAAAACGACUUACACAAGCAAGAUCCUGCAGGUCUUCAACAAGCUCAUGCAGGUGCCCACCUGGGUGGCCGUGUGGGAGGCGCAGUCGGGACCCCUAGGGGAUAAGCUCAAGGGCCUCCACGCGAACCUUCUGGCCGCCCUGGUGGUGCAGAGCGCCGUGAUCACGAAGUCGAUCUCGCCCAUGGUUAUGGCGUCCAUGAAUCAGGUGUCGGCGAUGGACUGGCCCGAGGAGAUAGGCAUGGCCAUGAAGAGAGACCGCCUCACGGACGAGAUCCAGAAGGCAAAAGCGCACGCCCGCCGUGGAGAGAGGCGCCGUCGAGAUUCCUGCCCGCGACGCCCGGAGGCGGGCAGCACCGCGGCAGCGGCGUGGCCCCCCACGAGCGGGCCGCGGUGCGGAGGAGUGGUGGUGGUCGUCGUCAUCGCCGUUGCCAACGUCAACGUCAGGGUAGACGUUUGCGAGGUAAGCGUCUUCGUCGCCGUCAGCGUCAACGCCAACUGCGUUACAGUAUGA